AAACGGCAUUCAAGCAAAGUUCCGUUCGUAUUUCUCCAAAACUCCCUUUUUCCGAUCCGAAAACGUCAGUAAUACCAUGGCCACCGUUUCCCCACGCGAGGAAAACGUGUACUUGGCGAAGCUCGCGGAGCAAGCCGAGCGCUACGAGGAGAUGGUCAAGUUCAUGGACAACGUCGUCUCCGCCGUCACAACCCCCGAAGAACUCACCGUGGAGGAACGGAACCUCCUCUCUGUCGCCUACAAGAACGUGAUCGGAGCCCGCCGUGCCUCCUGGCGAAUCGUUUCCUCCAUCGAGCAGAAGGAGGAAGGGCGUGGCAACGCUGAUCACGUCUCCGCCAUCCGCGAGUACAGGGCCAAGAUCGAGUCUGAGUUGUCCAACAUUUGCGCCGGAAUUUUGAAUCUUCUCGACGAGAAGCUCGUUCCAGCUGCCGGAAACGGGGAUUCCAAGGUCUUUUAUCUGAAGAUGAAAGGAGAUUACCAUAGGUACUUGGCUGAGUUCAAGACGGGUGACGAUAGGAAAGCCGCUGCCGAAAAUACGCUCAAUGCAUAUAAAUCUGCUCAGGAUAUUGCAACCUCUGAGCUAGCCCCAACUCAUCCUAUUCGUUUAGGAUUGGCUCUGAACUUUUCCGUCUUCUACUAUGAGAUCUUGAAUUCUCCUGAUCGUGCUUGCAGUCUUGCAAAACAGGCUUUUGAUGAAGCCAUCGCUGAGCUGGAUACCCUCGGAGAGGAUUCAUACAAGGACAGUACUUUGAUAAUGCAACUUAUUCGUGAUAACCUCACAUUGUGGACCUCAGAUAUGCAGGAUGAUGGAACAGAUGAGAUCAAAGAAGCUCCCAAAGCUGAGGAUGAGAAACAGCAGUGAAGUCGGUAAUGUUCAUGUCAUUUGUUUUUUAGGAGAUCAAUCUUCGAUUUAUGAACCUUGGAAGUACUGCUAAAAGUUUCUCAGUAUUUCACAUGUUAUUCUUUUCGAGUGGAAGAUUUGUGAUUGCAGUGAUGUGAUGUACACUCUUUUCUUAGUCCUUUUUCUCGACAAUAAGGGAGCUGAUGAUUGACAUGUUUCUUAA